GAAGUGCAGCGAAAAAGAGGAGGUUAGGUGUUGAAAAGGUGGAGCGUAGUAUAAGAAUAAAGGGUGCAUUUGCAUAUUAUAGAGAGAGAAAUACUUUUACAAAUCAUAUGGAAAAUAUUUUUACAAGUCAUAUGGAAAAUUCACCUGCAAAUUAUAUGAAAAAUAUUUUUACAAGUUAUAUGGAAAAUUCAUCUGCAAAUUAUAUAGAAAAUUCAUCUAAUGCACUCGCAAGUCAUACAAGAGACACAUUCUCAAAUCAUAAAGACUAUAUGCUAAUAAAUGAUAUAAUGCAAAUGAAUACUCUAGCUAUUGAUAAAGGCACUAGAGUGGAUAAGGAUAUUGGUAGCACUAGAGCAGAUAAUGGUAUUAAAGGCAUUGGAGUAGAUAAUGGCAUUGAAAUUAACUAUACUAAAUUGAAUAUUAAUUCUUAUGAAGCAAUCCAAGACAUUAUGAAUCUUGUUGAUUAUGUGAAUAACAAAAAUCCUUAUGAGAUAAAUCAAAAUUUUAAAGAGGCAAUAUAA